AUGAAUUCUCAAAUAAGCCCAAGACCACCUUUGCCAAAAUUUGAUUGGAAAUUAGUAGAAACCUAAAAAAAAGAAGAAACAAAAUAAAAAACAGAAUUACAAAAGUCUGAUAAAAGAAGACUUAAAUAAGUAUGCCUAUAAAUAGAUGAAAUGCUCAUAAAACUCUCAUAAGUUAAUUUUGAAUUCUUAAAUAAUUUAAACCAAGAAAACAUUAAGAUCUAGUGUUUAGAGAUAUUGGAUAAUGAAUUGAUAGAGAAAGUAAAAUCAAAAAAAUAUUAAUCAAUAGCAGGUGCAUUGAUUAUAUAAUCUUUGAGAAUCCUGCUUAUUCCAUUAAGAAUUAAGGAAGUAACUUAAAUAUUUAAUGUGGAUGAAAAGUAAGUACGUAAGAUCUUAAUAUUAUUAAAUAAAUUUAAACCGUUUAAUGAGGAUGCAUUUACAAUAGCAUUUAUGGCAAGAAUUUGUGCUUGCAUAGGACUUAAUCAGAAAUUCUAAAUAUUAUGCAAAUUCUUUUAUUCACAUUUAAAGAAUUUACAUAUCGUCUAAGGUGAACACGAACAUGUUAUAGCAUCAGUUUUAGUUAAAUUAACUGGAGAUUUCGUAUUCAAAGAAAAAGGAGGAAUUAAUUUAAAUGUCGUCUCAGAAAUAGCUGGAUGUUGCGAAGUUUCCCUUAAGAAUCUUCUAUAAAAAUUAAUACCGUACAAUUAAAACAUGUAAGAAUCCGCCUUUGAAUUUUAUCAGAGGACAAAAUGAUGGGAAAAAACCUCCAUCUAAAUUUUAUAAUUAAUUAUAGUCAG